GUUUAAUUUGCAUACGGAGGACUAUAUAUGCUGCGUCUGCGCCGCGUGCCCGCACAGCGCCGACGCUCCUGCACAGUUUGACUUACGCCGCGGCCCACGAGCUCUGACCAACUGCAAACAUGUCUGACAAACCCAACCUGGAAGAAGUCACCAGCUUUGACAAAAGCAAGCUGAAGAAGACGGAAACUCAGGAGAAAAAUCCACUGCCCUCAAAAGAGACCAUUGAACAGGAGAAACAGGCAGGCUCAUCAUGAAGACCUGCAAGACUCAUCUAUGCACUGCACAUUCCAAAUUGCCUUUCACCUUAUAGCUGUAACCUAAUGUGGGAAAUGAAUUAGUUGACCCAAAUUUGCAUUGUGACAAAACAAAAAUGACUCCACAGCCUAAUGUAUCCAUCCUCCGUUCACCCUUUUGGUUUUUGGGUUUUCUUCUUUUCUUGAAAAAUAAAAGAACAAUGCAAAAGGUGGCCAGGAUGGUUUGUUCGAAGGAAGGACAAAUUGUGUGAAGGGAGUUUCACUUCCACCAGUGGAGGGGCGGGACCAAGAGUUUGUGUGACACUAGGACCUCCUUGUUCACUCUGGCCUGAUGUCCAUCAAUUCAAGGCUUUCAAGUCAUGCAUUUUCAGCUAAAUUUUUUUUUGUAAGGUAGUCUUUGGAUUUUCCAUGUUUUGAUAUGCAAAUAAAAGAAACCUAUGAUGUGA